AUGCGGGUAGCGAUGGAGGCAGGCGACCUACGAGUGCCUGAAAUCCCGUUAGCUCCUGGUGAAGACGAUCUGGACAGCAACAAGAAUUCACAACAAGAGGAGGAAAUCAAUCAUGCAUUGUCAGGCGAAGAGGCCCGACUCAACGAAGACUUGUCCAGCUCGCUUGAGGAUUUGGUUGGGAACUUUGACGAGAGAAUCAGUUCGUGCCUGAAAAAUCCUGAUGUGAACACAGAAGAUAUCGCUCCGGUGCAAGUGCGAACACAAGAUGAAGUGAUGGCUGAGAGCCAGACUUGGUGGACACUAACAUGCAAUUUCGGGAACAUUCAACCACUUGACUUCGACAAAUCGGCUAUUCGACGACGCAUGAUGCCGGCCCUGGAUUUGAAGGAAAGAAAGCUGAGCGACGAUGGUGGAGUCUCGCUAUCAGAUGAAGAGGAUCUAAGGGCAAGAAUGGAUAUGCAUCAGUUGGUUGCACAUGGAUCAAUUGGCGGUGAUUCACCGCCUCAGACAGCUGAUCAAGUGAUUGAGGAGAUCGAUGAGAUGCUGCAGUCAUGUGACUUCACUGGCUCCAUGAUGACCGAUCGAACUAUGGAAUCAGUAGAUAGCAUGUACUCAUCGAUGCGAUCUCCUCUACCAUCAGGACAUUCCAGCGACGCUGACAUGAAACUACGUCAGGCACAAGCGCUUGCAGCUAAUCCAGAAAGACUCAACAAUGAUGUCCUAGCCGAUCUAAACGAGCUCUCCUACUCGAAACUCGUUACGUUGAAUGCAGAAAUGGAACAACUCAUUCAGGUUUACAACGAAAGCCUUGUGGAUGAGCUCGCUCACAGGGAUGAAUUAGAAUAUGAGAAAGAGAUGAAGAACACAUUCAUUUCGCUGCUAUUAUCGAUCCAAAACAAACGACGCCAGUUUGCCAAUGAACGAAAAAGGAAAGGGACCAGAAUCGAUCCCUCGCAAUUGCCCCAAUAUAUGACGGCUAGUAUUCCGUACAAUGAUCAUCAGCACAUGGAUAAUGCCACGCUUUCCUCGCUGAUAAAAAUUCUAAGAGCAAUCAACGAUGACAGCUCCGCAGUGCCUACACUACUGACCGAUUACAUUCUAACAGUGGUGUGUCCAAAGACCGUAGUCUGCUAG